AUGGCCGUGGACCGACGGACGGUCGGCGUGUUCGGCGCGGCCUUUGUGCUGCGUUUGCUUCUGAUCUGUUUAUUUCCUUCACUGCCCGAUCUGUUGACGGGCCGAGUCGAGGUCUCGACCCCGGUCAAUAGUUUCAAGAGACUGCAAGAAGGACUGUAUCUCUACACGCGAAAUGUUUCACCCUACGAUGGUGGUGUCUUUCACCAGGCACCGCUCCUCCUCCCUCUAUUCUCCCUCCUCCCCGGCGUCCAGAGUAAUCCGAUUCCUACCGCGAUUCUUUACUUCCUAGUCGACCUCGUCAAUGCCCGUGCCCUGGUCACCAUCUCCGAGUCGGGACAGUCUGUCCAAAGCCAACUCCACUCGGCCGUUCGGAAGCACAUUCGAUGGGAUGGAGUAUCGGUUGCUGCUUGGUUCCUCUUUAACCCCUUCACGAUUGCGACGUGCUUGGCGCGAUCUACCAGCGUCUUCACUACAACCGGAAUUCUUUUUGCGGUUUCCAAUGCUGUCACUGGGAACAGUGUCAACGCGAUGCUAGCCCUCGGCUUUGCCUCAUACUUGUCUCUCUACCCGGCACUGCUCUUUGUUCCCCUUGUGCUACUCUGCUUCGAUCAACGGCUCCAGAGCGCCAAUAAGCCACCGAACGGCAUCAUUUACGGGUUGCAACAUGCAGGUAUCUUGCUUGCUAGUAUUGCGGGACUCCUCGGACUGUCCGUACUCAUCACCGGGAACUUCUGGGAAUUCAUGUCGGCGACCUAUGGCUUCCACUUGCUGGUCCCCGACCUGACCCCCAAUGUGGGCCUAUGGUGGUACUUCUUCAUCGAGAUGUUCGACUCCUUCCGCGAGUUUUUCCUCGGUGUGUUCUGGCUGCAUCUGGCCAGCUAUGUUGGGGGCCUUACCAUGCGCCUACGACGGCAGCCAUUGUUCGUUGUCGCCUCGUUGCUUGGAGUAUUCGCCAUCUUCAAGCCGUACCCCAGCAUCUCCGAUGCAUCUUUGUACUUUGCGACCCUACCUUUGUACCGCCAUCUCUUCCCUUUAAUGCGGUACACAUUUUUCGCCAUCUCCGCAAUCCUCUACUCCAGUCUCCUCGGUCCCGCCUUCUACCACCUGUGGAUCUACGCUGGAUCCGGCAACGCCAACUUCUUCUAUGCCAUCACCCUCGUCUGGAGUCUGGGACUGUCGAUUCUUCUGGCAGAUAGCAUUUUCGCGGCCAUCCGGGAUGAAUGGGAACAAGACCACCCAGACGCCCAGGGCACCGAAGUCAAACAAGUCUGA